AUGUUGAUUUUCAGGCAUGUGAACAAUCAAAUAUUUACAUUUUUGUGGUGUAUUGUGUUUUUGUGCAAUUUUCAUCAAAUCCUUGGGCACACAUCAGCUGAUUCAUGGCUCGUAUUUGCACGUGAAGCUAAAAAAGUUCUAAGCAAAUGCUAUAAAAAUCACACAGUAUUAGCUGAUUCAUGGUCGUGCCUCAAACACAACAGUUUACUACUGUUUGAUGAUAUAGCAAAGAAUGAUAGGAUUCCACUGACAGACUACGUUGAAUUACUUCGACGACCAGAUGUGAAAACCUGGCAUAAUGGGAACUACACUCAAUUACCAGCACAAAGAUAUUAUGAUGUUGAUUUAGAUAAUUCCACUUGGAGUGAGGAGUUGAAGGAACGUGUCUUCGGACUGUUUGACACUCAUGGUGUCCGGUUGGUACUUCAAGAAUCAGAACAUGGUGAAGCAAGAGGAAGACAUAGACGUAGAAUGAUGCCAGCGAUGGUAUUCGGUAUGGCUGCUUUAGGUUUGGUCAUCAUUCCGUUAGGUUUCCAUAUCAUGGCCAAUAUUGCUGGAUUAGCGUUGCUGCUUGGUAAAAUGGCGUUGCUAAUAGCAACGAUUACCAGCUUAAAACGGUUAGCGGCACCAGGCACACAUUUUGGGUUAUACACAGAACAUCAACAUGCGUACUAUCCUCCACAAUAUUGGGAGAGAAACGAUCGCAACGAUCGCAACGGUCGUUAUUAAUCAAUCAUAUGCCAGCUAGUAGUGUUCUUAUCAUCGAUUUAGCCGUCAAUUUUAGAGUGUAGCACAU